UUGAUCUUUCCUAAAUUUUCAUUAAAUUCCAGGUUUUCUAACUUGUAUUUGACUAAUAAAAUGGAAUCUAAUGACCCUGUUUCCGAAUUUCUUGCUAGAGAACAGUCUGUGUUAGCUGAUCUUGGUGACGAUUUUGUUGUUCAGCCUGAACUUGUUGGAUCUACAUUGGAAAACAAUGCCACAGAAAAUGGAUUUCCCGAAGUCCAAACAUUGACCAAUGGCACUUCCGGUUUUGGUUUGACUCAAUUUAACUCUGACGUGAACGUUGCCUCGCUGGCCAAUGACAUUGAAAAUUAUACCAGUAGCCGAACGAAUGGAUCUCGAAGUCAGAGCACUCAACCUGAAGAGGAGCCAGAGAAGAUACGUAAAUGGCGUGAGCAGCAAGCUCAAAUGAUUGCGUUGAAAGAUGAGGAAGAGGAGACCAAAAAGGAGGAGCUUCGUCAGCAAGCCAAAAAGGAAUUGGAACAGUUCUAUGCUCAACGAAAGACACAACUGGAGUUGAGAAAGAAGCAGAAUCAAGAACGCCAACUAACAUUAACUGAAUCCUCGAAUAAAAUUGACGACACCAGUGAUGAGGCUGCAUUAUGGGAACGUGUAGCAAAGAUGAUUGAAGGGCAUAAUCCUGCUUUGGGUGGUAUGAGUGGAAGUAAUACUUUGCCAAGCAAAUUGGCCAAAUCUGGUGGAGGGCAUCAAAACUUGACUUUACCAAAAGACACAUCUCGAAUGAAGCAAUUAAUUUUGAUGUAUGCGAGGGGAAGUGAACAGAAUGAGAAGAGUCCGUCUCCGGAAAUGACUUGAAACAAUUUGCAAAUUUUUUAAAAAUUUUUUGUUAUUUGCGAUCAGAAUCUAUGGGAUUAAAAGGUUGUUUUAAAUAUUUUCUAUAUUAAUAUACAAAAAAUAUAAUUAGAGUGUGGUCCUUUAUUCAUUUUUGUGUUUUUCACAAAAGAAUCAGAAUUUUAUUCUUGGGGAAUAAGUCACGGAAACUCUGAAUUUUUUGUAAAUAGCUACUUUCCGGGUAAACUUGAAUUCUAUUAGGUUUCGGAAGGGUAAUAUAACUAUCAAUUGGUUUCUGAAUUAAAUAUGGGUAGAUUCAAUGUAUAUAUUUUUCGAGUAGUUUUAUUCCCCGAAAGGUUAUACAUUAUUCAUAGGAGAAUUAAUUUACUAUGUAACAAGGAGGGACUGAUUGCUCGAUCAACGAAACCCUGAAUCUUUUUCGUUCCGAACCCCGGCCCAACUUUUCUCCUUUUAUCCUACAAAAUGGCCCGACACGAAAUUCGGACUUUUUUCUAACCCGAACCGUAGAAAUUUUUAAAACUUGACUCGAAACCCAACCCGACUUUUCCCAUCCGUAUUUAAGUUUUUCCGGAAUAGCUCCUAUUUUGCUUUAUUCCAAUAAAUAAUUCUGAUUCUAUUAAUAUGACCGCUCUAAUUAUUCUAAUUUUUUCUAUACUAAAUGAUUUCUAUACUGAUGUAUUUUUCAUCAUAUACUUAUUUUUCUCAGCCGUGGAGCUCGUUUUAGUAUAUUUAUAUAUUUUUUCUCGUGCGUUAAUAAAAUUUGACAAAAAAAUUUUUUUGUUUAUUUUGGUUGUUAUUGGUAUUUU